CUUCUGAUUUGUCUUAGGCCUACAGAUGGAUUGUUGACUGUUGAUGGAUGGGACAUUCAGUCAGUUUGAAAAUAUGUAAAUAAUGCAGGGGAUAGUCCCAUCCCAUGCACGACCGGGUGAUUCCCUCCACCAACAGCCUAUACUGACACCGAAAUUCUGCGAACCUUCUUCGAGGGAUCUCCCCCAUACAAACCGAAAAGUGAACAAGAACAGUGAGCGUAGCCUACACGCCUGUAAUGCUGAGGGAGGACAGGGCGGCUGCUGACGGUAACUGGGGCGUGAUGGUUCAGGGGACGCCAGGGAUCACCUAUCCCUUUAAAGAGAGCAGGAGGGAGGGACACGAGUAAAGAGAUAGAAAGAGGGAGAUGCAGACGAUCGUAUUAGGCUACUCGAUGGACCCAUGUCGCGUGGAAGUGUCAGUUCACUAUAGAUUCAGGCAGAGAGGAUACUAAACAGCUCAAUUAUAGAAUUUGUACAAAGAAACUAUAGAAACCUUGUAUAGGCCCGCCUUGUCAUAAGAGCUGAGCUUGGUCGACUUUAACGCUGAAUACACAUUUGUGCCUAUGGCAAUUGUUUAGUAGGCUAAUUUACACGUUUGACCAGCGACUGGACUACGAUCUAAGGAGGGAAAACCAAGCAAACAGAAGAAAGAAUGCGUUUUAUUGUUGGGCGACAGCUUUUAGAAAAAGAGGUGUAGGCUAUGUGCCAGUGGAGAGAGCGCAAAUGAGAGGUACCCUCGUUCAUUGCGCUUGAUUGGCUCGUGCAAAAAAAAAUGGAAUAGCAGAAAUAAUACAAAACAGGGGUAAGACACGAUAGACUGGUCAAAAGACAUAGGGUGCAGGAUUGUUGGAGAAAAUACAGUUGCGUUGAGGCAAAAGGGGGAUGUGGAAAUAAGUUAACGUACCAGGGAAACGUUGUGCAUUUAUUGAGGCGAGACACCAGCAAAAAAGACACACGAGGAUUGUCUGGUAGACUUAAAUCACGUUGCUAUUAAUCGUUUGUGUUGCCUUUUCGGAAGAAAUUAUACCUCUCCAAAGAAUCAGCUAUUAUUGGUGAUUUGUGCAGUCCGCAGACCAGUACAUCGAUCCACUUCACUGAAAAAAGAAGAUAAGGUGGAAAGACUGCCUUGUAAAUUAACUAAGACUAUUAACUUGAGUGUUAAUGUGUGUGUGUUUGAAUACACGCACACUUUACACACACGGGCCCAACCAGACCCAAAGCGAACUCCUCCUCCCCCCUCCCCCCUCCGUUUUCUCUCCUCUUUUCCCUCCCCCCUUUCCCCUAUGCUCAGUUCGGUGUGUGUCUCCUCUUUCAAAGGGCGCAAGGGUGGGAACAAGUCGGCUAACAAAGCAUGUUCCAGCGCAGACAUGACUUGUCCGUCAUCAGACAGCGAGAAAAUCGUGAUAAACUGCGGUGGAAUUCGACACGAGACGUACCGCAGCACGCUCAAGACACUGCCCGGUACCCGCUUGUCCUGGCUAACGGAACCAGACGCGUAUAGCAAUUUCGACUACGACCCCAAAACUGACGAAUUCUUCUUCGACCGUCACCCCGCCACUUUUUCUUUCAUUCUGAACUAUUACCGCACAGGGAAGUUGCACUGUCCCAAUGAUGUGUGCGGUCCGCUCUUUGAGGAGGAGCUCGCUUUUUGGGGCAUCGAUGAGACGGACGUGGAGGCAUGCUGCUGGAUGAACUACCGCCAACACAGGGAUGCCGAGGAGGCACUGGACAGUUUUGAAACCCCCGAGCCAGAGGAACCUGAAAUCGACCCAGCGCUCACGGGGGGCGCUGACGGGGACCUGAAGCGUUUGUGCCUGCAGGAAGACGGCCGCAAGCCCAGCUGGUGGAGCGUGUGGCAGCCCUAUAUUUGGAACCUCUUCGAGGAUCCGUACUCUUCCAAAAAUGCCCGGUAUGUGGCGUUUCUGUCCCUCUUAUUCAUCCUCAUCUCAAUCUCUACAUUCUGCCUGGAGACGCAUGAGGCCUUCAACACCAUCUACAACAAGACAGAGAAUGUCACCGUGGGUAAUGUCACAAAAGAGGAGAUCGUGUGGGAGGUGGAGACAGACAUAUGGCUCACUUAUGUGGAGGGCGUCUGUGUCAUCUGGUUCACUAUUGAGGUGUUCGCCCGUGUCAUCUUCUGCCCCGACAAGGCUGAGUUCUUCAGGAGCUCGCUCAACAUCAUUGACUUCGUGGCCAUCAUGCCCUUCUACCUGGAGGUGGCGCUGAGUGGCCUCUCCUCCAAGGCGGCCAAAGACGUGCUGGGCUUCCUGCGCGUGGUGCGCUUCGUGCGAAUCCUACGUAUCUUCAAGCUGACGCGCCACUUUGUGGGUCUGCGGGUCCUGGGGCACACGCUACGCGCCAGCACCAACGAGUUUCUCUUGCUCAUCAUCUUCCUCGCGUUGGGCGUCCUGAUCUUCGCCACGAUGAUCUACUAUGCCGAGCGCAUCGGAGCCGACCCAGCCGACCCCACGGCCAGCGCCCACACCACCUUCAAGAACAUCCCCAUUGGCUUCUGGUGGGCUGUGGUCACCAUGACCACGCUGGGCUACGGGGACAUGUACCCGGAGACAUGGUCCGGCAUGCUGGUGGGCGCACUGUGUGCCCUGGCGGGCGUGUUGACCAUCGCCAUGCCUGUGCCCGUCAUUGUCAACAACUUUGGCAUGUACUACUCGUUAGCCAUGGCCAAACAGAAGUUGCCCAAGAAGAAAAACAAACACAUCCCUCGCGCCCCGCAGCCGGGCUCACCCAACUACUGCAAGCCAGAUGCACUCGCCAUGGCAACCGCCUCACCGCACAGGCUCAUGGGAAAUGUGCUGGGAAACAUUGGGGUGUCCGGCAGCAUGGGCGGAGACUGCCCUCUGGCCCAGGAGGAGAUCAUAGAAAUCAACCGAGCAGGGGAUAAACUAUGCACUCAACUUACGAUGCUGUACUCCAAGCAGAAUGGCGAUGCUGCGAGCGCAGCCCUGGCUAAUGAGGACUGCCCCACCAUAGACCAGGUGCUGGGCCCGGAUGACCGCAGUCCGGCCACAGGGGGGCUUGGCACGGGCCGCGAGCGCUACCCCCAUGACCGCGCCUGCUUCCUGCUCAGCACUGGGGAGUUCCGCACCACAGACAGCAAUGUCAGGAAAGCCACUGGCUAUGAGAAGUCCCGCAGUCUCAACAAUAUAUCUGGCAUGACAGGGGCUCCCCUGCGCCUCACGCCCAUCACCCCCAUCAACAGCACGCCCUACGAGCCCUACGAAACCCCUGGACCUCUCCGGCGCUGCAGAUCACCCAUUCCUUCAAUUUUGUAGCAUAGCGAGAACAAGAAGACGACAGGAAAAAAAAAUGUGACCUUAGUUUAAAAAAAAGAAAACCCAAUAUCAAUGAACAUCUUCUGAUAUAAUCACAGCUCUGGAAGAUAAUACCCCCCCAAUAUUAUAAAGUGAAGUAAAAUGCCUUUUAGAUAGCCUGAUGGUAACCUGUAGGGAAUGCUAUCUGGCUAGCAAAAGUAAUAGUAUUUUAUAGACAAGAUAUGCCUCACCUCGGGAAAAACAGUUUCAUUAACUACAUUUGCUUCCGGCAAUAUUUCAAACUGGCAACUAUUAGGAUCGCAGUCUGUCCAUAGCAAUAUUUAGCCUUGAAAAAACAGAACUGUCUCUGAUGAAAUAUAGCCGGGCUCAUAGACCCUGAAAAAAUACAGGUAAUUUAUAAGGUACAUGACAUGGGCUGCCGUAGUGAGCUAGCUGGCGGCCCUUAUUGCUCUGCCUGUAAACCCUUGGAAACAGUGGACAUGGAUGUAUGGAGUCAAGUAGAUGACAAGACCCAUUUGCUUCUUUUUAUACAACGCUACGAAGCCUCAAAGAAAACCUGAUGUAGACACUCAUGAAUGACUGAAUAAGUGAUGCAUUCGUAGGGAAUGAAAGCAACCAAACAUACAAAACCAAACAUGUAUAUAUAGUGCAUGCAGUGAAGACAACUAAAAUCAGGAACAUGAAAAUAAAUUCAUACCAAAAAAAUACAACCCUCCCCUUCUCUCCUUAAACAAUUCAAACAAAAUAAUUUGCCAGACUAUAGUAUGAGAAAAGUGCAAUGUAGAUAAUAUAAACCAGAAUCACCCUAUCUGUAUAAAGUUUAUUUGAAAUAUGAUUCACCUCAUCCAGGCCACUUUCACCAAUCCUGUCAUACUUCAGACUCCUGUUAACAGGAAAUCUGAUUCCAUACGGUCAAUCACAGCCAGCAUUUGUUACCAUAGCCUACUCCUAAGAUUAUCAACCAGAUGCUUGUGGCAGGUAGUUCGAAUCAACUGAUUUAAAACGGUGAUUCAGAUAAUGUCGUUGGAAAUCUUCUGUCACACACUAAACAGGUAGGAGAGGAAUAAUGAAAAAAACUAUUUUUAUAAGAAUGACUUGGGUCAUUGGGGGCAGGUUAGAGUGGCAAGGUGGGGUUGCACUUAAAGGGGAGGGAUAAGAACCUUAUAAGGUGUGUGUAGAUUGUUGAACUGGAGGUAGUUGUGUCUGGUUCCAAGAGGGCAUUCUGACACUUUCAUUGACACCUCCCCCCUCCCCCAUUGGUCACUCACUUGAUGAUACAGAGCUGUCCAUGGAGAAAAGCAGAUGGUGGGAGGAAUCUCCCAAUCAAGGGCCUAUAAACCUUUAUGCACUGAACCAGCACCACCCCCUUUUUUGUGCAGGUGCAUGAUGGGAAACACAGUUUUCCCAUAAAAAAAACUGUUCAUAUAUCUAUAUGCAUACAUAUCACAGCAACCCCUUUCCUAAGGGUGGGGGGUGAAGAGGCCUGCGGCUGCCUGUUUGCCUGCUUCUCCUCUGAGACUCGGCUGGGCUUUUUACCCAUAACACAUCCCGUCUCAUCCUCCUUCUGUUCUCAUCCUGGUUGCUCCACUGACUGCCCUGAGUACUGUACUCAGUACAGUAGACCUUUUGUGCUCCUCUCAGUUUCUCCUUUUUCAUUUCUGCUUUUUUCCCCCCCUCUCGGCCGCCCUCACUUUCUUGGAUGCUGAUCUUCACCUCAUUGUGUUUAAAAGGAGGGGGCAUGGAGUGGAUGCUGGACUGACAGCUGUCAUUAAGAGAAGAAAAGGAAAAAGAGAUGGCAAAUGUUUUAGCGAACAACCUUUACAAGGAAAUAUGCAAUGUAAACUAAUAAUGUAUUGCCAUGGAGAUGUGCUGCUCAUUUAAAUCUGUUGUCAGUUAUGACCUUCAAGCCUGUCAAAACUUUUAUGUUUGUCUUUUUUAAUUUUUGUUAGAACACAAUGAGUUACAAGUACUGUAUUUUUCUCUCAGAAGGAAAGCAGAAAUAACUGAUAUUGUCUUACUUAUUUUAAAGGCAAGAACAUAUGAUUUAUUUCUUGAGAAGUUCAUGAGAAAGUAUGAGUUGAAAAUGUUAUUUUAUUUGUGGGCUUUUCAGUAGUGGACCUUCUUUGGGCAGAAUUUCACUUUGAGAAAAGAAUGAUCAUCAUAGCAUGAUCCUUUUUUUAUGCCUGUAGCCACUGUUGAUAGAAUUGUGAAAAAUGUUUUUUUUAAUGAACAAACCUUUAAUCUUUAUUUUAUCAGCUAGCCGGUAGCUUGUUUCUGACAUUUUUUAAUUUCUCUCAUACCUCUCUUCAUCCCUCCUUCCUCCUGCUCUUUCUGUCAUCCAUAUACAGAUGGAUGCUAAUCGAGAAUGACUGAGACAUGUUGCAUUUUCUUUGCCAAUGAAUGAAAAGGCUGGCUUGUCAUAGGAGAAUGAGUCGUAGCUUGUUACUUGCAGUGAGAAGUUAAAAUCACCUAGCUUAAGGUCCUAAGGUCCUAAUUCUGUGUACCCACGGUUAGUUUGGAAGUGAGAGAAAGGGAGAAACAUGAUCAUUCUUUACAAAGACAGAGGGUUUCAUGGGUUCAGGAUUCACUGUGUCUACCUUCAGAGGUGCGGAUUUUCUCAUGAUGAUGCUUUUAGGUGGGGAGGAUGAUUUGAGGUUGAAGACUGGGAGGAUGUUAAGGACGGGAGGGAGGUUUAACAGGAGGAGGAAUAUAAAUCUGCAGGGAAGGGGGGGGGGGGGCACAGGCUGGGGGUUAUAGAAUAAAUCAGGAGGAUGGAUAGGUUUCAGGACCAUCAGUGAACCUUCUCCACCAACUGUCUCUGUGUAACCUUGCAAUUCUCCUUCUUCUCUCUCUCCUCUGUGUUCAUUUCCAUCGUCUGACCCGUUCUGUUGUAAAUGAGUGUGUCUGGGUCAAGAGAGCUACUGCUCUGAGUCUUGUACAGUUUUCUAAUUCAUUCCCUCCCUGCAUGGGUUUUCAUCACAAGCAAUAAGGACUUCAUAAUAUAAUGAUUAGGGAGUAUGUUUUAUAAGCAAACAGAUUUUAUCAAAGCUUGUAUGUAUGUGUAUAUUCAUAUGUAAGUGUGUGAACAUAUGGAUGUGUAUGUAUGUAAUUAUAUACACAUACAUAUUGAUUGAUUGCAUGCUCACAAAAAAAUAUCGAUUGGUAUUUUGUUCCAAUCCUCUUACUGUAAUUAACGUGACUGCUUAAUGGGGUGGGGCUUAGAUCUGCAUGUUAGGAUGCUAUUGGGUGGCAGAGACCAUUAUUACUGUCAAGGGAGUGGAUUGGUUUUGAGUUUUGUUUUUUGUUUGUUUGUUUGUUUGUUUGUUUUAAGACGAGAUUGGGGCAAUGCUGAAACUAAGGAUUUGUUCUGCUAAUGUUUUUUUUUUCUGUCGUUGAACUUUAAGAUCUCUAUCUUAUCAUUUUAUUAUUUGUUCUGUUUUCAUCUUUUCACAGAGAACUAUACUGAAAGCCCUGUGCUUAUCAGAUAUAUGCAAAAAGAAGCAGUAGCUGUGAAUUAACACUGAAACAAGCUAUCAUUCCUCCUGCAUAGCCACAUUACCAAUCAGCAUCAAGAUCUAUUUCCCUUGCACACCUCUACACACACAUAUGAACAGGGUGUGCAGUCAUCCUCCUCCUCUCCCUGUUCCCCCAUCCCCCACCCCCAUAGCUCUCUUCAACCUUUACUAGUGACUGUCGUCUGAUUGUUUCAAGUUGUCCAUCUUCCACUCGAGGCUUUGUACUCUCUUGGUUGACAUUUCAUAUCAUAUCGAAUGCAUCUCUCUCACCUCCACAGAAUCAGGGGAGAAAAUGGUGUUUUAUGACAGUGGCAACACCCAUGUUCAGAUCCAGGUUUUUGUUCUCCUGGGUGUUCUUUCUAGGGAGGUGACCGCCGUAGCAUUACAAUCCACACCAUCAGUUGUUGUUGGUUCAGGAUUGUGUUCUAUAAAAAUAUUGCAUUGCUUCAGGAAGACAUUGAGCGAAUGUUCCUGAAGUAGGAUUGGAGGCUUAUCUGAUUGUGGGCAGGCUUUGUGAAGGGGCCUUUACUUUUGGACACAUCUGGAGUCUGGAGCCGAAGCUUGGCAAGAGGCCUGUACAAAAAAAAAAAAAAAAACACACAGAGUUGAAAAUCCAAACCUGUAAUACUCACAUAGACACUGCAUGCAGACCUGAGUGUCACGAGAAUGCUUGUUACACUGUAUCCAUGUGCAUCUUGUGUUAACUUCCCCUGUAUAUAAGAGCAUGGUGUAUCUCCAUGGUAGGGAAAGGGACAGUGCUUGCGUGAUGUGAAGGAAAGCAGGGUUGUUUUGAUCGCUGAUUGCUGGAGAGGUGAGACAACACUCAGGGAGAGGUUGAUGUCAGCAGCUCUGAUGUUUCUGCUUUGGACCACUGGAAACAUCUGUCGACCUGUGCAAAGUUUAGGAUCACUGAAAAGCAUUCCUUUAAACCCAUUCUAUCAUCAUUUAAAAGCAAUCACAAACUAAUUCUGGAACAAGCGUAAAUUCCAGAAUAUUCCAUAUUUCUUGCACUCACUUCAAUCAGACUCUUCCCUUAUCACUACUCAGGUAUAAUUCUCUUCUGUUCCAAUCAGUGCUUCCAAAAUGAUGUCUAAGAGAAUAUAGUGGAGUAGAUAUUGUGACUAUAAUUCCUGACUGUGAGCUUCAUAUUCCUUCUCCCUUUUCAUUCAUGUUUGUUCUCAGUGUCCUCACUACCUUCUCUAAGUCAUAGUUUUGUUUUUCAUUUCUCCCUCCAUUUUCCUUUUUUCCUUGUUUUCAUAUAUAUUUUCUUGUACAAAUUUACUGCUUCCAAAAACUAACCAAAAAUAUUAAACUGCAUACAAAAAAUGAACUGAGGUUUAACAAAGCAAACAUGUUCCAAUUUGAUCUUGCCUGAAAAUGGAUUACAAAGAACUCACAUGGAUAGACGGACAGACCCUAAUGUGCAAUGAAAGAAAGAUGGACAGAUUGUUCUGUGUGAGGGACUAGUAGGAACUGUUUGAAAAGAGGAUUGUCAUCAAAGGAAGAAAACCGUGAAAUGGAGGACAGUUUGGGGAAGAAAGAACAAAAUCAAAAUGAGAGGAGGAUGGAAACUGAUCGCUUCUCAGUUGUUGAGUUUCUAAAUUUCCUCAAUUUCUCUCAAAAAGAAGACAGAAAAUUAUAAAAUUUAUCCAGAGCCUGUCAUUGGGAGCACCAUUAGAAGAACUACAACUUACAAAUAGAAGACAUAGAGAGAGAGAGAAUAGAAGACAUGGAGAGAGAGAAAGAGAGUGAAAGACCAGGGGAAAAGAAGACUCGGGGAAAAGAAGAGAGUCACUUGUUUGGUAUUCUACAUGAAAUAUAGUUACAGAGACAAAUAGUGGACAAAUGCGAAACAUAGCAAAAUAAUAACAAUUGUCAAGACAUUGGACCUCACUGGACUCACACGUGUACUCUAAACUGAAUGCUUUGGAUUGUAUACACUAUAGUAAACAGAGAGAGACGUGCAAAAACAAAAUCAGAGACUGAAAACUUGGGACUUGUGGGAUUGUGACUACUGCUGUAUAGUUAACAGAGUGGUCAAAGCUGCUCCAGCGUUCACUGAUUGUUGUAACUAAAACUGCUGGGGAAAGUAGUCACUGCUGUCCACCCCAAAUUAUUUUGGCCUCAGAUGUGGACAAGCCCACAGAUUUCGGCACCUUACCUCUAAAGAUGUACACACGUAUACACACACAUAUGCCCACACAUACACAGUGCAAAUUGCUCUUCGUGAUGACAUGAAGUACCACUCUUGGGGACUCUGUGAUGUGGACUUGUGUGACUCAGCAAAACCGAAACGUUGAAGAAGGAGAGAGGUGCUGAUGAUUGCCCUGCAUUUGGGGUGAUCAGUUGCCUAUUGUUUCUCUCUCUCUCUCUCUCUCUCUCUCUCUGUAUCUCUCUUUCUCUUCUCUCCUACCGGUCAUGCUAUUGUGUUUCCUCCCCUCCCCCCCUCAACCUCCACCUGUCUGCAUCUCGGCGUGUCUACUCUGUAGUGAACUGCAUGGCAUGAACAAAAAAACUCAAGCAAGGAAGUAGAGAACAAGUAGACGGAGGAAGAGACUUCAGUUAGCAAACAAUGGCGCAUUCGCGUUGUCCUUUUUUUUUUUUUUUCUUCGAUUACAAAAAAAAUCUCUGAUCUUGAAGUUGGCUCAUGGCACGAGCCCAGCUGCUGAAAAAGAGCUUAGAGUGGACAAAAGAAAGAAUAAUAACGACUCCCCUUCCCAUGGGAUGACGUGUUCGAGCUGAAAGAAGAAAAGGAAGAAGGAAAAUAGACGCAUGGUGCCAAUAGAAGAACAGCAAAUGGAAGUAUGGCGAACUUUGAUGAACAAUUCAGAAAAAAAAGAGAAAAUCGAAAAUGCAUUUUCUUACUUUGUUUACCAGCAUGACUAAUUUGCAUGACUCUACUUCUGCAAGCCGUGGCCCCUGAAAAAAGCAAGGGGCUCGGAAUCCCUUCAAAAACAAAACCAAAUGGGGAAAAACAAAAGAGAUUUAUGUUAUAUGCAACUUAGAAAAGAAGAGGAUUAUAUUAAAAGAGGAUCUAUAUUUUGUUUUUGAAUACAAAAAAUAAUAAUAAAAAUAUAAGAUUGCAAGAUAAACAAACUAUGUUUUAUUAGAUAUAAGGUAAGACACCCCACCAAAUGUACUGGUUGUGAACAAUUCUCUUGCUACUUCUGCUUCUAUAAUUACUUCUAUAACUACGACUGCUCUUGUUACUGAUCCUACCAUGAGGACUCUUGUUGUAUAUGACUGUACUACUUCUCCUGCUUGCUCUUUCCUGCUGCACUGCUGUCAGCCUCUCUCGCCGUCGCCCCCUGCUGCACAGGCUGCAUCACAACAACUCUCCUCUCCCAUGUUGACCUCUCACUCCUCUGCACCCACAGCUGUGCGCUGACGUCAGGAGGUCAAGGGUGAUUGCUUCACUGGAGGAGAUGCUACCCACACCAGUGCAGUUAAUGUGAAGUAGACUGUAAUAUUUCUGUCCAUGUUUUUCUGUUUCUUGAUGAGUUAUACAUUCACAGCAGUUCAGUGUGUGGGUAGACAGUAUGAGAUGAGUUGAACAAAUGUGUGCAAUUUUAGCCCAGCAAUACUAGUUUCAUAUCAUCCAAAGGGGGAGGUUCUCCUGUUCUCCAUCAUCACAACCUUGUAGCUGUCACAGGUUCACAACAAUGUUUUGUCUCCUGCCCCCAUAUCACUUCGCACUUUUACGUUUCUCCAUGCUGCUGAGUUCAAAGGUUAUUUUCAGCUCUUAUGUAGCUUAGCACUAAUGUGCUCACCUUAAUAUUUUGGCUCAAGUCCUCUCUGUGAAAUCAGUCAUUUUGGUUCUAAUGUCCUCAGGAUAAGAUUUGAUAUGAAUAAGACCGACAGGGAUAUGUGCAAAUGAGAUACACUGUGUUGACAUAACAAAGCGGUUGUUAAUGCAGUUACUGUGUAUUAAGGUUUAGCCUCCACCUCGGAAUCCUGUGGUCUUGUACUUUCUCACCUCUCCUCCUGAGUGUACCCAACUUGUGAGGGCAGUUCACUAAAAGAAAGUUAAAUUUAAAAGCCACAUUAUACCCUAGUGAAGUUCUAUAAUAGACUUGUUCUUACUGUCCAAAAUAUUCAAACAAACCUCAGAUUUCUUGUUUGGAGUUUAAAGAAUUCUUGGUGCAUAAAUGAAUUAGGCCUACUUUUGAAUAAUGCAUUGCUCAUUAUACUGUUUUGAAAUGUCAGUGACUAAUUUAUGUGUCAUCUUUAUUACAAUCAGUGCAAUUAAUUGUGCUGUUUUUUCUUUGUUAUUUUUCACUUCAGUGGCUAAUAUUGUAAUGGUGGUUGGCCAGAGAUAAGAUGUAGGAAAUAUUAUCUACAUCAUGGCCUUUGAUGAGACUUAAUUUCACCCAUAAGAAUUUCACCCACCUACUAUCAGUCAUCCAUGAGCAUCCAGUAGAUAGUAGUUGGAUAUGGGCCUGCAUAAGGAUCAAUUGAAUGAGGGCUGCAAUGACAAUUCGAGUUGUGUCAACCAGUGUGCUAAUUACCUGACCAGAAUCUUCACUAAGGUGAUCAGUUACCUAUGCAAGAGCGCAGCUGUAGUGUCAGGGCCUAUUUGCACAAGAACGUCUCAAAUUGGGUUGUAUCUGUUCUGAUCUAUCUGUUCUGGACACUUCAGCACUAUACGGUCAGUGAGUAGCUCAUAUGGUCACUUAAACCCCAGUCCUACUGUAGCCAUGCAUAAUGGUCCAUGACAGGGUCAUUGACUUCAGGUAAAAGAGUGAUGCAGUGGUAGGUUGCCCCUUAAGCAUCACUUACAUUGACAUUCAUUUCACCUCCCUGUUCUCCCAGUUCAAUGUACUGGUCUCACAUCUCCGUCCCCCAGUUUUCCAGAUAGUUCAGUAAGGCCCCAGAAUGGAACUAAGCAAGAAAAUGGGUUUUGAUUUAGAGAGAGGGAUGCGUUACUGUCAAGGAGAAUUAAAGGGAGCUAUAAGGAAGGCCUAUUGAAGCCCCUUUUUAACAGCAAAAACAACUUCAUCCACAGUCCAGGGUCUCUGAUAUAGAGCAAUAACAAGUCCACCAGUUCUCCACAGAGGGAUGACCAUUGUAAUAUGGGGUGACAGCUUCCAAAGUCAGUUGGAACCUACCCACACAGAGAAAUAUCAGGGGAUCCUUGUGAAUGUCAUUGAUUGUAACUGCUAAUGUGUUUUACACAUAGAGUGGCUUGUGAGUGCAAGUCCAUUUGCGUGUCUGUGUGCGUGUGUGUGUGUGUGUGUGUGUGUGUGUGUGUGUGAGUGUGUGUCUGCCUGUCUCUGUCUGAACUUGGGGGGGAUGCAUCACGAGUGGAUCUGUGAUUUAGAGCAAUGCCACGCCCAUGUGAGGUGACUGACAGCUCCACUGUUUACUUGAAACCCAAAUAUAAAACAUAUCAGUGAGGAGCAGAACAAAUCGAGCCAGAUUCAGCUGCCACUCCCCUUCUCUUUUCUCCUUUUGUUUUCCCUCCAUCCUCACCUCUGUUGCUCUCCUUCCUCUACUGUUUUUUGUUUAGGAAGAAGCUAUUUGGCAUCUGUUGUUUUCUUGUGUUCUUCUAUCAUAUUGUUUGAAGCUGAAUUAUAAUGCAUGCGUGGGGGAAAAAAGAAGACUACAAUUUAUCUGUGAAUGACCAGAGUGAAAUAACCUUCUCUUUCACCUGUUUUCCUGCUCGAAUUCUCUCUUCAUCUGUUUAAAAAGCAGGAGGAGGGAGCACAAAACUAAAAGCAUUACUGUGAAUCACAAACUCACUUAAUCUGAAAUUUUCAAAAUGAAAAAGUCUUGAGAAUUUCCUUUCCUCCAUUUCCUUACUGACUUUCUUUAUUGAUUUAUUUACAUUUUUGUUAGGCUUUUCUUAUGUGUUUUGGCUGUUUAGUUGUUGGCCACCAAAUGAGUUUCAUGAAGCAGGGGUUUCUGAGUGUUACAGGUUGAGCAAUGAAUAGAUAAACAAUCACACACAUUUGAGUGCUUAAAGAGAUACACAAACACCCAAAUACAUGAGCAUCAGACAACACACACAAAAAACAUUUAACACACAAACGUAAUCGCAUUCACUUACAUAUGUCAGAAACCACGGCCACAUAUUCAUAGACCAUUUUGUUUCUCUUUGUUUGCUACUAAAAGGCUAUCUUGUUUUGUUACGAAUGUGAUUAUUUUUUUAAUAGAGCCUGCCUUAAAAUCCUUUUUUGUGUUGUCCACAGGUAUAAUUUACUAAAGGGGCCUACAGGGCUCUGAAGCCCAAGCCUCUGCAUGAAGUCACUAUGUUCCCCACCCUACUCUUCUCUUUUCAAAAAACUCAGAAGUCAUCAUUUAAGGGGCUAUUUUUUACAUUUUUCUUUUGGGGGAGCAUGCCCCUGGACCCUUCUAGCUUAACUGGGGGGGGGGGGUUUGUGUCUGUGCUCAAAGUCCUUCCAUGGUUGUACACAAUCUAAAGCUAAGUUGACCUGCUAUGCUAACUGGUGGAGGUAUGCAGCAGCACCAAUUUGCUGUCUUAUUAGGAGAGAGCGGGGACUGCAGGAGGAAAGAGAUGGUUAUUAUGAUGGUUGGAUGGUUUAUGCUUUGAAGACUGAUGCUGGAUAUGAUUUUAAAAUAUAAAAAAGAAAAAAGUCUACAGAACUGUAUAAAAUAUAUUUCAAUGGAAUGUUUAUUACUUACCUUUUAUAUUUUUGAAACAAUGAAAAAAUGAAUAAACAGUAAUUUAACAAA